AUGAAACUCGUCGCCGCGCUCGUCUCCAUGGCGGCCACAGCGGUGGCCGUCACCACCUCCGUGUGCACCUCCUUAGAGCGUAGUAGGGGCGGUCCGAACGUGAGGCCCCAGGCCCGUCUCGCCCGUUCGCUCCAACUCGGCAGGCCGUCGCCGCCUCGGAGGCUGCGGACGGCCUUGGCCGCGUCGUCGGGCAAGCAGAAGCCGCCGGGCGAGGCGGAGGAGAAGGUCCCCGCGUGGGCCAAGCCCGGCGCGGACGAGCCGCCGCCCUGGGAGCGCCAGGGCGGAGCCGCGCGGGGACAGGAGGAGGCCGGGCAGGUCCCGUUCUACGGGUACCUGCUCGCGUCCGCGAUCACCGCCAUCGCCGCGAUCGGCUCCAUCUUCGAGUACACCAACCAGCGGCCGGUGUUCGGGAUCGUCGGCUCCGACAGCGCCCUGUACGCGCCUAUCCUGGGCUUCUUCGUCUUCACCGGCAUCCCGACCUCCGCGUUUCUGUGGUUCAAGGCCGUGCAGACGGCGAACAGAGAGGCCGAGGAGCAAGACCGCAGAGACGGAUUCCUGUGA